AGCUCUACUUCUGCCUAAACAUAGAGCUAAUAAGCUUGUUACUUUACGAAUCAUUGUAUCAGAACUUGGUGAAGCAUAAAAUACUAGUCACUUAACAAGAACAAAUAAAAAAAAAACAAUUUAAUCUCGUUAACCUUGUCCCUUAACUUACCUGAUUAAAAACUAUUAAAAAAAUCUGAGAGACACAAGUACACACAGGUUUUUGAAAUCACCACACACACUUGAGCUGACUGACAGUCGGAAGCUACCCAAAACGCACCGUUUCAGCGAUAAAAACCUGUGAAAGAUAGUGUCUCUAUACUUAAAACUUAAAAAAUGGUAACUACUUUACGAAUAUGGCGGAAAGCAGAGUUACGAAUUUGUGAAAGAUCAUUUCGUUUGAGUGCUUGUCACUCUAGUUAGUUGAAAAAAAUCUGGUAAAAGCUCAUUACUCUUCUCCUUUGUCUCGUAGUGUUACUUUCUUACUUUUGCUUUUGCUGUUCCAAGCAUAACCACCUCGCCGUUGCUUUUACUUCUUUUAGCUCUAGAAAUGGCGUCUGCUGCUCUUCGUAGCUUUUCAAGGAGAAAGCUUUCACCAAAAUGGUUCUGCAAGACCUCCUCCUCCACAAUUCCCUCUCUUGUUCUUCAUCAUGAUGUCAAAACUUAUAAUACUAAGCCCACCACUUUCUCGGAUUCAAGUAUUCUUCUUUCUCGUAGUUUUCACAGGCAAGUGUUCUUCUUUGAAGACAGAAAGAAAAUGACUUUUGCUCAACCAUUAGGUGCUUCUGGAGUGUUUCUAUGUAGACACAUCUCCUCUUCAUCCGGCAAACCUGCAGAAGAAUCGAGCAUAACGCUUGAUGCCUUAGGAGAUAUUGUUGAGGGACUUGUCCCUGAGAAGUCUGUGGAAGCAGCUAUUGAUGGAGCAUUUGAAAACUUAUAUUUCCCUCUGAACUGCGUGCAGUAUGUGAUUAAUGGAAUCCAUGACCUUACCGGCUUCAACUGGUGGAUCAUGUCGAUUGUUCUUACGGCCUUUCUGGUUAAUGGACUCAUGUCUCCACUCUCUCUGCGGAUUGAGAGACAAGUUUGGGAGUUAAAAAUUUUGCGUAUGUGCAUUCAGAAGGUGAGGAGAGUGAUGCAGACAUGUGAUCCUAAAGGUCUGGCUAAACACAAAAAAUGGGAAGCAGAGUGUACACAAAAAUUUGGAGAAUGUUACAAGUCUUACCGACGGCUAAGACUUAUUGAUCCAUUCAUCAUCAUCAGCUUCAUCAGUGGGGUAAAAAAAAAAAAGAGAAUGAGUUUAUUUAUAAUGUUCUCACUCUUGCCUACUUACUCACUAUACUUAUCUUCAAAACAGAUUAAUACCAUGGCGAAGAAAAUCCCAGGGUUUACUGAUCUUUUAACUCCAGAGCAUAUGAUCCAGUAACGGCCUCUGAGCAGCAAAGGAUCAUGAUAAGUGUUAUGAGGGAGUUCAUUGACAUGGUGAAGACGAAAGGCAAGAAGUGAAUCUUCUUUUGCUCUCACGGUCUCUCUGCAUUAGUCUUCAAAUAGUUGACUACUGUCUGUAUUCAUCUUACAACUUAUGGUACCUGUUUUUAGUUUCUGAACCUAUCUCUUAGUGAAGACUUUACUUUAAAACAGCAUCCUCUCUAGAUUUCCAUGCAUGGUUCUUGUCUAUGCCAACACUAUAUAUUGGGGCCUUGUUUUGCAAUAUUUGUUUAUUAAAAAAUGGAGCCAUAAAAGCUAAAGAAAAAGAUAAUUGUUAACCAAUUAAAUGGACCAUGUGCAAAUGGUUACACAAUUAUUUGAAAUCACUAUGGAAGCAGUACUUGGCUCCAAGGAUAGACAUUCUUUACUUCUAUAUGCACACAACAUUAGGUUUCAUCCAUAGGAAACUCAGGAUCAGCUGGUUUCUGAGGCAA